GGUAGCGCGCCUAAAGGCUGGUUAUUGAACCGUAUUUAUCGUCAUGAUGUCAUCACCAGGACGCAGUCAGUGCACAUUGUAUGCGGAGGCUGAAGCGUGCAAUUGGGACAUGUCUGUUCUGUGCUCUAUUAUUCUGCUAUGUGCCUACGGCUUCUUUUCCAACCUCCGGCCGUCGGAGCCUUUCCUCACUGCCUACCUGAUGGGACCAGACAAGAAUCUGACAGAGACCCAGGUUGUUAAUGAGAUCUAUCCUAUAUGGACUUAUUCCUACCUGGUGUUGCUGCUCCCCAUCUUCCUGGCCACUGACUACCUCCGUUAUAAGCCUGUAUUGAUCCUGCAGGCUGCUAGCUUUGUAGUUACCUAUUUCAUGCUGCUGAAGGUACAGGGUGUGCUGGCCAUGCAGCUCCUGGAGUUUUUCUUUGGGCUGGCCACAGCCACAGAGGUGGCCUACUACUCCUACAUCUACAGCUUGGUGGAGCCAGAACAAUACCAAAGAGUGACAGGCUACUGCCGUAGUAUCACUCUGUUUGGAUCAGCUGCUGGAUCUUUAACUGGGCAGCUCAUGCUCUCUGUGGCCAAAGCUCAGCUGCGCCACCUCGUCAUUAUCACUCUGGUCUCAGCCACCGUGGCCUUUGUUGCUCCCUGGUUUCUACCCAAGCCCAGGAGGAGCUUGUUCUUCCACAAGAGCCCUGGCGCAGUGGAGGAGAGGCAGCAUAAUAGCACAUCCUUCAAGAUGGUGGAGAAUUCAAAGAACAAAGAGCCUCUGAGCAGCCAGGAUGUCUCACAGACAACCAGGUCCUUUGAUGCAGGAAGUCAUAGUGGUCUUGUGGAGGUGUUGCGGAUGCUGUUAAAUGACUUUGUGCAGUGCUACAGACAACGCCCCCUGCUGGCGUGGUCGCUGUGGUGGGCACUGGCCACCUGUGGCUACUUCCAGAUCAUCAACUAUGCACAAGUGCUCUGGGAAAAUGUCCAUCCAUCCCAGGCCUAUGAAAUCUACAAUGGCUAUGUCGAGACCCUAUCCACGCUGCUAGGAGCACUGGCAGCCCUUCUGGUGGGCUACCUGCCGGUAUGCUGGGCUCUGUGGGGUGAGCUGGCUCUGUGUGUCCUCUCCCUGCUGAUGGCUGUGUGUGUGUUGAUUAUGGACACACAGAAGGACAUCUGGUUGUGUUACAUGUCAUACAUCCUCUUCAGAGCCACUUACAUGCUGCUCAUCACUGUGGCAACAUAUCAGAUUGCAGCCAGUCUCACUAUGCCGCGAUAUGCCUUGGUGUUUGGAGUGAACACUUUUGUGGCUCUUUUGCUGCAGUCUGUGCUUACUGUGGUGGUGGUGGACUCAGCAGGCCUCGGCCUUGAUGUCUUCACUCAGUUCCUCAUCUACGGUGGCUAUUUUGCAGUCAUUUCAGUGAUCUUCUUCCUUGCUGGGCUUUGUAAACUGGCCUCCAUGAGGAGUUCCAUGCAGGAGGUCCUGGCAAACAGCCGAACAGACUCCCCUUCAGUGAGUGGUGCGAGCUCCAGCAGAUAGCACAUGAUAAUGUUGUUUAGCAUGUCACAUACUGAAACACCAAAGGGUGAUGAGCACAAUGAGUCCAGAAGGUGAGCUUCAGUAAUCUCUUCAGACAAAGUUUCUUUACUGUGUCCAAGUAGAACAGAAGAUGAUUGGGGCCAUGGAAAAAAAAAUUAACUCAGAAAUCUGACCUUUGUAAAAGUCAGGUCUGAUUUUAAAAAUGGUCAGAACCCAAAUACAUUUUGUACAGUGGCCGUAAUCCAUAAAUGUGACCAAGUAGAAUGCAGGCUGUUCACUCUUUUGCCCUUUUAUUACUUCAUUUUGGCUAAUAGGUGGCAGAAAACAUGCGGCAUCAGCUGGUGGAAAACUGUGGAGGUUAUAGAUAAAUGCAUUUUACCAGUGUAUUGAAGAGGAUGCUUUAGGCUUGUUGUAAAAAGCACUGGGUACAUUAUAGCUGUUACAUUUGAUGCCAGCCAAAAAGAUGUUUGUAUUUAUUAUUUCCUCCUAUAAUUAGAUUGUGUAUUGCACUAUCACUGAUAAGCACUGGUAGAGAUUGGGUCCUAAAUAUAUGGAUCCUUUAGAAUCCCUUACUAAAUCUGUCUUUAAAACUUCACUCAGCAGCAGCAGCAAAACUAAUAGUUUGGUGUAACAUAAGAUAUAACUCAAAUCUAGUUGUUUUCCAGCCAACACAGUCAAUUUUUAGACCAUUUACCAUGACCCUGAGAGGAAUAGAACCGACCCAUUUUCUUACAACUCUCUGACUUUCAUUAACCCUGCCCUCAGUUCUUUUGCUCUUCAGCUGCACAAGUAAAAACAACAUGGUGAAAAUAAUAUAGAUUUUUCUUUUUCAUUCAGUGAUUAUCAGUUAAAGAAAUUGCUGACACGCACAAUGGACUUAAUGGUACCUGAAGGUGAACUGGUUGGUGUCUGGGUUGCAUUAACACCAGUGGCAGGUUGAGGAACAGCACUCAUCCUUCUGUUUACAACUUUUUUUUGCAAAAUUUAUUGAUGUAUAACACAACAGCAUUGCUGAGCCCUCACAAAUUGGUAUACAUCAGUCUUUUUUUUGCGUUGGAGAGGGCAAAUGGUAAGCUAAAUAGAACAUAAAUGAAAGGAUCAAUAAGGGAUUCGUUUGGCCGUGAAGCUUAAUGAAUUCGGGUAUUUUUACAAACUUGGAACCAGCUAUCAGAACCCAUCCCUGCUAGUAAGCUGCAUCAGUAUCAGGGUUAUGUACUGUCUGUAUUUUUAAUGUAGGGCAUGGAUCGGGCUGCAUAUUUCUGUCGAACCCGACUGAGCGCGGCACCUGAACCUGAUCUAGACCCAACACACUUGGAGUAUGUAGUGUCCAAACCCAACCCAAGCCUGACACAGUUGAGUUUAUAUGGUGUGUUUUUCCCUUAUUAAACGAAGCAGACCUUUUGCAUGCUUCAGCUGUCUAUCCUAAAGUUCACCCAGCUCAAACCCUCAGGUACCAAUGGGUCCUGUCAGGCUUGGUUUGGGUAUCCCCACUCUACUGUAAUGAACACGAAAUACUGCUGAAACUUGAAAUGUUACAUGUUCACCUGCACCUCAUGUGUGAUAUUGUCAGGCUGCUGAUUUCUGUACAAGAUGUUUGUUGCAGCUAAAUGUGUUGGGAGAAAGUGCCUUAAACACUCAAAAUACCUGGAACUGCUGUCCUGUUUCAUUUUUAAAACUUUUUCAGACAGUUAAAGGAUUGUUGUUGGCAACAAAUUUAAUGAACAGACCCCAUAAAGCUUUGUGACCUCCCUGCUUUUUCUGUGGCUUUAAGCUUCGUCUUUACAUCAUUAACAUGUUGAUACAAAAUACUCAUAACUGUGUUGGAUUAGCAGUAGUCACUCCUAUACAAGUAAUACCUCAUUUGUUUUGUAGUACAAUCACAAGAUGAAUUGCGUGCACUGCUGUUUGGAAGUGAAACCCUUUCACUGAAAGAAAAUUGCACAAUGAUAAUGUUUGUCAGUUGUGAGUAAAAUCCUGUUUGCAAAUAUUUUCAUAUCAAUAAAUGAGCACUUGAGCAAAUGUAAACUCAUUUUAAGGUUGGGGAUCCAUGCACACAGAACAAAAUUGGAAUCAGAUUAUACUGCUGGUACAGAAAUCAUUUCCAAACCGAAUGUUAUUAAACAACUCAAAGCUGAAAAUAUACGUACAACAAAUUCAGUUUUUUCAAGUGAGUGUUUAUUUGUAAAAUUUUCCUUGUAUACAUUUGAAGCAUUUGGCUCUGGCUGUGUGAAACGGUACCUCUCUGCUUUUUCCCAUCAAACUUUGCAAAGCACUAUUUCUGUGUAUUCAUAUGUGUAUUUUGUGUGAUGUUGGCGGUGGUGGUCAACAGGAUAGCAGAGAAGGGGUCACCUCAUAAAAUGCUUGGUUUGUACUUGUCAGGAUGUGUGAAUGUGUUUGCUCUCGCUUUCCAUUAAGGUUUUCGCACAUUUUUUCAUAUGUAAGUCUCUGUGUGUAGUUUUUGUUACCUACCA